AUGGACGAAAGUUACAGCAUUCCAGCGAGGACAACGAGGAGUGUCAAGCCAGUCCUUCAUGUUGACAUUUGGGAUGCUAUCUUCGACCAGCUUGCUCUGCAAGGACACCAUGGGAGUCUGGCAAGUUGUGCUCUUCUAAAUAGAGAGUUGUCUGAGCUAGCUUCUCGACGCCUCUACAGCGCGCAGCUUUCCUCUCCCACGAAUUGGGGCACGCCGUCAACGGAUGGCCUAUGGGACACUCUGUCUGCUGGCGUGCCGGGGUACCAGGGCUUUCCAGUUACGUACCCUUACCUGCUUUACAUACGCCAUCUGGACCUUCUCAACUUUCUCUCAACCCGCGGGUGCAGACUCUUCCCCGAGCCAAGAUUCAUUGCCCAGAUCCUUCGUGAGGCUGCCCAGCAGAACCCGACGACUUAUCAAAGCAUCGUCGCGGCGCACCGCAUCACUGCCCAUAGCCCGGACGUCGAAUACUACAGCCGUAACCUCCUCUGUGAGCUGCCUCACUUGGCUAAGAGACGAGACUUGCGGGUCAUGCUCAGGAGUUUGACCGCAGAUAGGUGGGAGACGAUCCAGCCCGUCAUACGUGCCUUUCAGGAGCUGGAAAGUCUUUCCCUCGUCUUCUUGCAAGGCUUGGAUGUAUUCGUGGCUGCAAUAAUCACCAGACAUCUCCCAAAGUUGACGAGGCUUUCAGUGGUACAGGCCAACGACUCUCACGUUUCUUCCUUUGCAUCUUUCUUCUCGAACCUACAGUCGAAUCAGCUGCGCUCGUUUGGCUGUUCCCUCAACAACAUCCGGGUGCCACUUUUGGAGGCAAUUCCGCAGCAGACUUGUCUCCAACAGCUAACCUUGAAUUUCCUAGUUAACCCGCCCUUUGAGUUGCAUCAAAUCUUCGAGCUGACGACCUUGACGUCGCUGACCCUCAGCCUCAACUUCUCGCCGUCCAGGCCUGAAAGUGCUAGAUUCAAACGCUGGGCGGAAGAGAACCGCAGUGCCGUUGCUUCUUGGCUGACAUCUUGCCAGGGACUCCGAAACCUCCACCUCUUCCGCUUUCCAGUCCUCGUUCCCGCCCUCGCUGAUGCUCUUCCUCACUUACAUCUUCAUAGGUUGCACAUUUUCUCGACAGGGUGCUACGAAGACUUCUACAAGGCACUCGGGACGCAGAAGCUGGAGUAUCUCUUCCUGGCCGAGUGUCCCGACAGAGACACCACCAACCCUACUCUAGGAUGGAAGGUACGGAGCUGGCUCACUAUGAACGCAGUGAUGGCCAUGCCGGGUCUUCGGGACUUGCGGCUGCACACGUACUUCCCUUUGGGAUGCCAAGAGCUCGAGGACAUUGCCCGAAAUGUGCCGAGGCUCCAGACUCUCUCCUUUGUCGGCCUAAAAGGGGAAAAUCCGACUUGGACGCUCCGCGCUCUCGAGAGCUUCAGACACCUCACCAAUCUAACAGUGCUGGGCCAUACCACAUUCUCGGCGCGCGAGGUUCUCUACUGGGUCGACUACUUGCAGUGCCACCGGCGCCCUGGCGGCUUCUCGCUGAGCUUGCCUGCACAGGACCGGCGGUCGUGGUACAGGGAAAUAAGAAUCUCGGACGGAGUGCUCCAUGUCGUCAAUGACCCAGCGACGGAGAGCCUCAAGGAGAUGCUGAAGUUCCUGGCCGUAUACGCGCGGCAGCUAAUCUGGCGAGGGAACGACUACGAGUCUGACGAGGAUCGCAUGUUUGUGCAUCUUUGGAACGACAUCAGGGGCCCGGCGGAGGCGCUACAGCUGCUGAGGGGCUCGGGGCCUUAUCCGCCGUUCAGAGGUUUGAUGGAGAACAUGGGCGAGCGCAUUGCUUGA